UCUGCCAUCUUUGAUUGUCCGACAGGCCGCGGCGCGAGCGGAGCCUCACUCAACCUGAAAAACGGUCUGGCACGAGAUAACGGAGCCACGGGACGACUGGCUCCCGCAGCGAGGGCCGAACAAAAAAAGACCGACUGCCUGCGUGAGACAACGGGGCAGACACAAAGCGUUACAGAACCGUGCACGUAGACAGCAGUUUGUCGGCAGCCAGCGCGCAGAGCUACCCAUCGUUAGCCCGAGUGGGUUAGCGGGUUAGCUAGUUUUUGUAAUCCGCCGGCCAGACAAACACUGGUCAUUAGUCCAGGCCAAAACCAGACAUUUAUUGAGGCCAUACGACUCCACAAAGGACAAGGAAGGCACCGGCGCUGGCAGGAGGCUGGUUCUUGGGGUGAGACUAAAGGACCAGACUCAAUGAGUUUCCAGCGAAAUGUCAGAGAAGUCAGGGCAAAGCACCAAGGCAAAGGAUGGCAAAACAAAGUAUGCAACCCUUAGCCUUUUCAACACUUACAAAGGCAAAUCUCUGGAAACACAGAAAACUGCUGUGGCUGCCAGACAUGGGCUCCAAAGUUUGGGCAAAGUUGCAGUCAGCCGACGUAUGCCCCCUCCAGCCAACUUGCCCAGUCUGAAGGCAGAGAACAAGGGAAAUGACCCAAAUGUCAACAUUGUCCCCAAAGAUGGUAGUGGCUGGGCAUCUAGAGCUGAAGCAGGAGAUGAGAGGCAACAGGAAACUCCCCCACCCCAAAACAAACCAGUUGCACAGUCCCAAGAGCUUUCUACUGGGGCCAGUCGCUCCUGGGCCAACAGCAAGCCGACACCGCAAGAUGGAGCUCCUCACGUGAGCAGCCAUUUUCACCAGGAGUUUCCCACCUUGCAAGCAGCUGGUGAGGUGGAAAAAGGAGAUGGUCCAGAUGAAGAGCCUUAUGGACCAGGCCCGAGCCUCAGACCUCAAAAUGUUGGCAGUUGGCGUGAGGGUGGAGGCAGGAAUUUAAACACUGCAUCCAGCACCCCGGAGAUGGAGGCCAAGGCUCAGGAGGAGAACACUACAUGCGUUAGUACCGCCACACCACUAGGAGAAGCUCCUGAACCUGGCAGGAAUGCAACAACUGAAGAUCAAACGGAGAAAGAGAAGAGCAGGGAGAGGUUUCCCCCUUCUGGCCAUCUGCAGCCUAAAGUAAAUGGAGGGCAGCAGCCUCCUUCAGGGGUACCAACACACUUUGACCCUGCUUUCAGGAGCAUGAUGCCAUCUUAUAUGUUCCACGCCUAUCCCCAAAUGCCAUUUGGCCCAGGACAUGUGAACUUCAGAUACCCAGUACCACAGGAUGGGGGAAAGGGUCCUCGUUCUACCCGGCCCCAGCAGCCACCCUCUCAGUCCUGGCUCCAAGACCCUGACAGACCCUCCAUCAUCAGUGCAACAGAACUGAAGGAGCUGGACAAUUUGGACACUGAUGCUGAUGAGGGCUGGGCAGGAGCUCAGAUGGAGGUGGAUUAUACUGAAAAGCUAAACUUCAGUGACGAUGAGGAGAACCAAGCUGCUAAAAUCAAGGGAGACAACUGGGAGUGGAUGAGUAAAGUGGAGCGCAUGAGGUCUCGGACAUCAGAUGGUCAAGAGGGCUGGAAUGAUCGGUCUGAGGAGCCUGGAGGUGCUAAAGCUUCUUGGGGCGACAAUGUUGAUCCUAGAGCACCAUCACCUGGCAUUGGAGGGCAAUACAAUAAAGCAUCUUUUUUGCAGGAAUACCAGAGUGUCAGUCAUUCUGCUGGGAGUGGUGCGGCCCGUGGUAAACCACAGGCUGCUGUAGCACCUGCUGCCGAUGAGGACUCUGACGCCUGGCGACAGAAGCGGAAAAAGCAGUCUGAAGUUUCUGAAGCUGUAGAGCGAGCAAGACGCAGGAGAGAAGAAGAAGAAAGACGGAUGGAAGAACAGAGACUUGCUGCUUGCGCUGAAAAACUUAAACGUCUCAAUGAAAAACAUCGACAGACUGAGAGCAAACUUGCCAGUUCUCAGACCACUAGCGAUGAGGCAGGAGCUGCUGGGGAGGAAGCCUUAUCACCAAUUCCUGCAUCCAGUCCUGUUUCUCUAGUCCCAGUUUCACAAUCGCAGGCCCUAAUCACACAAGGUCCUUUAUCAGAGAGAGUGGAUCAAGACAAGGACAAGAUAGAGCAGGAACGAGAGAAGGUAGAACCAAGUGCUGAAGAUGAGGCUCAGUUGCCUUGUCAGCCCAGCCCUCCACCCCAAAGACCUACAACUUUAGCUCCAGAGCCACAAAGCGAAGGAGAAGCCUCCUUGGCAGAAGUGGGUCCCCUGGUGGAGGAAAACCAGACUGAUAGGACAGCAUCAGUACCCAUUUGUGACUAUUUUAACACUGAGGACCACAAAGUGGAUGAGCCCCACUUGCCUCUGUCUCACAUGGAAGCUCCCGGAGGGGAAGAAAUCCCCAUUGCACCCCCACAACUGGAGGGAGAGGCUGCUGCUGCCAUGCGUCCCUCUGUAAUCUCCGGCUAUUCCAAGCAGUUUCAAAAGUCGUUGCCUCCACGUUUCCUCAGGCAACAGGAGCAGAUGAAGCAGCAGCAGCAAUGGCAGCAGCAAACUGGGGGAUCUGUGUCCCCAUCCAGUGGUGGUAAUGUACCAUCUACCCAACAGCAGCAACACCGCUCCAUGUAUCAGCCCGUGGGCCCCCACCACCAGCACUUAGCCUCCAUGGGGUUUGACCCUCGUUGGCUCAUGAUGCAAUCCUACAUGGACCCUCGUAUGAUGUCCGGUCGUCCCCCGAUAGACAUGCAAACUAACAUUCACCCUGGGAGGAUGCCUCAGAAGCAGAUUGUACGCAGGGAGCCAGGUGACAACUCCAGCUCUAGUUCUGAUUCAUUUGAUCACUUGUCCCGACCAGUUCGAGACCAUGGUCUGCCUUCAGACUCACGAAUGGUAUGGGGAUCAGACCCAUACCCACAGUCUGAACCCUUACCCUCUGUAACUCCACCUAAAGGACGGGAAGAUAACCAAGAGCAAAGGAUAGACUCUGGCUUGGAUCUGGACAGAGGUCUUCCAGCUAUUUAUGCUCCGGACCUCAGUGCGGUGGACUCGCAUAAAAAUAACUUUUUUCGGGAACCAGAUUCGCUGUCAUCAUUUACUCAGGGCUCAGAGGAUGUGCCAGGACCUCUUGAAAGGGUCACUGUAAGCUCAGCCUUUGAUCCUGAUGAGCAAGGCUUACCAACUGGGGAAGAAGUAGAGGCUAUUGGUCAAGCCAUGCUCCAGAGAAGUGUUUCACAGGGUUCCAGUCACUCCCUUAAAAUGGAUGAACCUAGGUUUGAAGGAAUACCCCUAGCAACUAAAUCACUAGAGCUGCAGGACACAGGAGAAUGUGUUUCGGAUAAGCAACAAAAAGAAGUCUACUCCCAGGCUGCUGUGACCAGCAACAGGGCUACUUCUCCUGCAGAUGGAUUACACAAACCGGAGAAGCUGCCUCUGCCAGGUCCCAGUAAGCAGAAAGCUGAACUGCGUUGGGGUGGCAGAUCAGUGGCUGGACGCCGUGAUGGGGGAGAAAGAUUGAUUCGCAGAUCGGGACCAAUAAAGAAGCCUGUUUUGAGAGACAUGAAAGAAGAAAGAGAGCAAAGAGAAGAGAGGGAGAAACGUCAUGAGAAAGGAGAACGAGGAGACCGGUCUAAAAAGGAUCAGUUAUCAAAAGCUGCUUCUGCAGCUGUAGCUGUGUCUGAAAGCUCUAGAUCUCAGGGUGACGGCAAGAAGGAAGGUGCUGAGGCAGAGGACACGCCAGCUGCCCAUCACAAGGCAAGAGACUCGCAGCCUUCCUCAGGGGUGCCCACUUCCUCCUCCCAGGAAGAGAAAGCAGACAGACUGCCCAGUAAUGACAAGCAUACAGAACCAAAACUGCCCUUGCGAAAAGAUUCCAAUUUUCCUCCCCGUGCACACAGACGAGAGGAGCGAGACAGGGAGCGAGACAGGGAGCGAGACAGAGAGCGAGACAGGGAGCGAGACAGGGAGCGUGAUCGGGAGAAGGAAACUGACAAGGACAGGGAGAGAGAAUGGCCUACAGACUCAAAUUUCAAAGGGCGAGGUCGAGGGGAGUACUACUCCAGAGGUCGAAGCUACCGUGGGACUUACGGUGGCCGAGCAAGAGGAAGUCGUGGUCGUUGCCGAGCAGAGUACCCUUAUCGAGAGCCCCGGUUACGCUCUGAUUUUCCUUCUGCUGGAGGUGCUGCCGCCUUUCGCAACAGGGAAGAAAGUGAGACGCGCAGUGAGAGCUCGGACUUUGAGGUUAUUCCAAAACGCAAACGUCGACGUGGUUCAGACACAGACUCUGAAAGUGAAGGUGGUAGAGAGUCUGCCAGUGAUACUGGACCCUCUGACCGUGAGCCUAGCACCAAACCUAGCCGUCCACUAAGAAGAGGGCUCCCUGGUGAGAGCCGUUCUGGGCCCUACAAGCUGAGCUAUGAGCCGCCACAUGGGGGAGAAAAAGUUGGGUCAAGAGGAGAUGAAGAAAGUCGGCCUAGGCCAGGUUUUCUUGCUAAAGGAGAGCCUUCCCAACGAGGAAGAGGAAGUUUAUACAGUAGACGAGGUGGAGCAAGAGAUCGUGGAGGACCUCGCUCAGCCCUACAUAAAAGACCACCUGCAAGAGAUUCUUCCUUUCAAUGGCCCUCCAAACCUAUGGAAACAUUCAGGCCUGAAGAUGCAGAGUGUGCAACAAGAUAUGACAAUCCUUCCACUGAUCGACGGCCCUCUAAAUUAGAAGGGAAGAAAUUUGGAGAUGGCACUCAGAGCAGCAGAGAAAGGCCUCGUCGAACUCGACCAGUACGACCCCCAAGACAGGAUAAACCCCCACGCUUUAGACGCUUGAAAGAGCGCGAGGCUGCAGUGUUAGGUAGUGGUGACACGGCAGCAAGUCCUGUUUCUUUACCUUCUGUGCCUGCUGCAGCUGUCUCUAAUGCAGUAACUCCACAUGUCUCAUAUUCUCAAAGCAUCUCUAGAGCUCCAGGAACUCCCCUAACUGUGCCUGCAGAAGCAGCAGCUGCUAUACCUACACCUGAUCAACAUCCCUUAGAAGUGUCCUUGCCUGAGACCAGUAGUCCCACCAUUACUGCAGUGGGUACCAAAUCUCCUGACUUGUCAAACCAGAACUCUUCAGAUCAAGCCAAUGAGGAAUGGGAAACUGCUUCUGAAAGCAGCGAUUUCACUGAAAGGAGGGAACGAGAGGAGAGGAAAGGAGCACUGGUGGCCGCUGCUGAAGUAGCAUCAGUAGCCACAGCUCCAGCACCUGCUCCUCCUCAGGGCACUUCAACCCCUAAUAAAAGUCAGCCCGAUGGAGGUGUGACUCCAAGACGCGAGACGUCUCAAGCAGCUAAGAGGAGUUUCUCAAGUCAGAGGCCUAUAGAGAGGCCAAAUCGAAAAAGCAACAGUGGAGCCAAAGCAGGCCGCAGCUACACAGGAGGCAAGGGAGAGAGGCGAGGAGGAGGAGGCAAAGCUGGCCGCAAAGGCCCUGCAGCCCAGCAGAACUCUGAGGCACCAGCAGCUGGAGGGGCAGCCCAAAGACCAGUAAAAGAGCAGCCUGCCCGACGCAAAGAUGAAGCCAAACAGGCCAUCAAGAAGCCCAAGGAGAAUGCACUUUCUCAAUUUGACCUCAACAACUACGCUAGUGUUGUGAUCAUAGAUGACCACCCAGAGGUUACAACCACUGAAGACCUACAGUCCAGCGCUAUCGAUGAUGGUUUCACUGAGGUUGUUUCCCGCAAACAGAAACGUCUGCAGGAUGAAGAGAAACGGAAAAAAGAAGAGCAGACUUCUCAGAACUGGGGUAAGAAAGGUCCUGGUGAGAAGAGCAGAGGAAGCGGAGGGAAGCUGCCACCAAGAUUCGCCAAAAAACAGUCGACACAGCCACAGCAGCAACAACCUCCGUCCUCACAGUCUCAGCCGCCUGUAGCUUCUGCCCCCAGUGCCCAACAGCAGCCCCCCAUUUCAGCUGCACAGCAUUCUCACCUCGCCCCCUCCCAACCCCCUGCAUCUCCUCAAACUCUGGAAGGUCCUGUGGCUUCUCUUGCCUCCAUCCCCUCUUCUACUGUGGAUUUCACCUCAAAGAGCCUGCCCUCUGCUCCCACCCAGACACACAGCGCUCUGGGUACAGAGCUGUGGGAGAACAAGGGGGCAGGGUCCACCGUGCUUCCUGACGUAAAGAAGCUUGGUCUCAUUAGCCCUCCUCAGCCACCUGUGAGUGCUUGGAACAAACCUCUGACCUCCUUUACUGGCACAGUCUCCUCAGAGGCUGUGAAGCCUGGAGCAGAUGGCAGUGUGGAAUUGGGAAUAGACAGUAUCCAGUUUGGAGCACCAUCAUCUGCAGGCAGCACCGACAGCGAUGGAGCUCCUGCUUUGUUAGAAACUGGUUCUGAAAGCAAGCUGCCUGCUCCCAAAGAACAAAGACAGAAACAACCUCGAACUGGUCCCAUCAAGACUCAGAAGCUCCCUGAGAUGGAACCAGUUGAAACCAAGGAGUACAAACCAGGUCCUAUUGGGAAGGAACGCUCUCUAAAAAACCGCAAGGCCAAAGAUGCUCGUGGAGCCGAGGCUGAGGGAAUAGAGGGAGGAGGAAAUGGAGGAAACGUUAGCAGAGCCAAUGAUUCCAGUCCUCCCACAACUGAUGCCACAGUACCAGAGUUGGGAGGGGACAUAGAGGGCAUGAUUACAGCCCCAUCAGCAGAGUACAGCAGCAACUCUAAGGAGUCUGUCACUGACUACACCACUCCCUCGUCCUCUCUGGCUGACAGUGUUCCUACGAGCGGGAACAAAAUGGAGGAGAGUUUAGUAGCCAAUGUGGCACUGCCCCACUCUCUGCCUCUCCCUCACAGAGAAACACUGCAGCAGAGCUCUAGCCUCAGCACCGUCUCUCCAGCUACCGUUGAUCUAACACUAAAGAUGGAGUCUGCUCGUAAAGCUUGGGAAAACUCCCCAAGCUUGGAGAAGAACUCACCAGUCACCUCCUCUUCCUCCCCCAUCACCUCCUGUGCGUCGUCCUACUCCUCUUUCUCCUCCGCCUCCAUGCCACAGAUCCCUGUAGCAUCUGUAACCCCCAGCACCUCUCUGUCAGGUUCUGGUACCUACACAACGUCCUCCCUCAGCACAAAGACCACCUCAGCCUCUGACCCCCCCAACAUCUGCAAAGUGAAGCCUCAGCAGCUACAAAGUGGAAGCCUGUCUUCCUCCAACAGCAGCAGCAGUAGUAGCAGUGGCUUCUCUCAGCUUGGCUGUGUGCCACCUCUUCUCCCCCAGCAGCAGCAGACCCCGCAGGUGUACGUCUCUCAGUCUGCAGCAGGUUCUGCAGCUCAGAUUCCAGCCUUCUACAUGGACACUAGCCAUCUCUUCAGUACUCCACACCCUCGUUUGGCUCCCCCUCCCCUUGCACAGCAGCAGGGCUUUCAGCCAGGACUUUCCCAGCCGACGGCAGUGCAGCAGAUUCCCAUUCCCAUCUAUGCUCCGCUGCAAGGCCAGCCUCAGCACCAACACACCCACCAAGCUCAGCUGGGACUCAGCACUGGUCCACCAGUUUCACAGCCACAGGACCUGUUCAGCUCCUCUCUUCAGCCUUACAGGUCUCAGCAGGCAUUCUUGCAAAGCAGCUUGUCCCAGCAGUCUAUGAUGCUGUCAGGACCAUCUCUGCACAGCUAUGCUGGCUUGCAAGCCCCUGAGCUAGGAAAGCCCCAGUCCAGUCUGGCUUAUCAGCAACCCUCCUCCACCCAGCACAUUCCCAUUUUGUUUGAGCCCCAGCUCAACCAGCCCUCUGGUAUGGGAGGCUCCCAGCUCAUCGAUACACACCUGCUGCAGGCUCGACAGGGGAUGAAUCAGCAUUCAAACAUGUACUCAGGGCAGGUACAACAACAUGGUCAGAGCAGUUAUUAUAGCAACACUCAGUCUCCUAGUUCAGCAAUGCAGCAGGUGACUGUCCCUCUGCAAGGUUCCCAGUUGUCCCUGCCAAACUUUGGUUCAGGUGGAGGCCAGCCCCUCUUGGCACUCCCUCCCACUCCUCCCCAGGCCCAACCUCCCAACAUCAACAGACAACCCCCAGUUUCUCAGCCCUACAGAGGCAUUAUGGGCCCUAACCACAACAUGAUACAGCCUCCGAACAGCAAGAUGGACAUGGAUCUCAAACUCUUUGUUAGUGGGAUGGAUGUGAAGUCUGGAACUCCUCCUGUCAGCGCAAGGAGCACCACACCCACCUCCAGCCCUUACAGGGCCAGCUCCACCUCUCCUAGCAGCCAGUCCAGUAAGAUGAACAGCAUGCUCUACCAGAAGCAGUUUCAGCCCAGCUCUGCUGGCAUGAGAAUGACCCAGCACUUCCCUGGCCAGUUCAACCCUCAGAUCCUGUCUCAGCCCAACAUCGUUUCUCCUCUGGUUCGUCCUACUCACACCAAUUCUUUUGCUGGAGGAGUUCAGCGAUCUCCUAUGGGCCCUCCUAUGGCACCAAAUGUGAGCGGCGGUCUUAUGCCUCACCCUCGACAACAGCAUCUUCAGCACAUUCAGCACCCUCCCAGAGGGCCCACUGGUCCCCCGAUUGUGCCCCGAGGCUCACAGGCGGCUCUGAAGGCUGAACAAGACCUGAAGGCUAAGCAGCGGGCUGAGGUGCUUCAGUCCACUCAUAAGUUCUUCUCAGAGCAGCAACAACUGAAGGCUCCUCAAGUCAGUAAAGCUUCCCGACUCGAUCAGGGAGGAAAACCUCUACUCGACAUGUCGGCCUCAAAUCACCAGGCUGGAGGGGAACAUCCAGAUUCUGACAAGCCCCCCAUAUCGACGGCCAAGCCCAUUCGAACUGGCCCCAUAAAGCCACAGGCCAUAAAACCAGAAGAAGGCAAGUAAGAGUCUGCAGCCUUCUUUAGGUGACGAUUUUUGGAUGGAAGACAGAAGAGAGAAUCUACCCCCAUUCACCCAACCUGAACCUCACAUCCCUGGAGGACU